GAGUGUCCAUUCAAGGAAGUAAAAACACAAAAGAAAAAAAACGAAAGAAGAAAUCGAGUCUCGUGGAAUUGGUUGGUGAGUUAGAAACACUUCAGUCUUCACUGCAACUGCUUCGAUUCGCAUCUCUCUUUUCUUUAUCUCUUCAUAAACCAGAGCAGGUCGCCAUGGCCGACCUCAAUCAACAAGAACACCAGCACCAUCACCAUCUAUUACGACCUCACCGUCUCUCACUCCCUCCACGCAACCCCACCCCGAUGUCGUCCACCACAUCAAGGCCUUACCCUCUCUAUCCUUCCUAUCCUGCAUCAACUCCCACCCCAACCCCUUCUAAGAACCGCCUCUCUUCUUUCCCUUCCUCCAACAAUAGACUAAACAACAACCCCCUUUCGUUUUCCUCUCUAUUCCUUCUCCUCUUCUCGCUUCGUUCUCUCUAUUCUCUUCUCCCCUUUCUUCGUUCUUCUCCUUCUUUCUCUCUCUUCCCCUUAACCUUCCUAGUGUCUCUCCUAUCUUUCCUUCUCACUUUUGCAUUCUCUCUCUUCUUCUCUUCCUCCAAAGACCCUUCUCGACGACGACUCGAACAACGGUUCUUCUUCUCUUUAACCUCAAUUCCCCAAUCUCAACUUCGUGUCCUUUUGGCCAAAUCCAUCCUUCUUGCCGUUGUCUUCCUCCUGCGAUUCCAAGCCCUCCUAUACUGUGGCACUGCGGCCACUAUUUUGGCUGAAUUUUCUGGGAAUAUUGCCGCGAGGUUCGUUGCCGAGGAUCGUGAUCCGCAUACUGGUGAUCGUAAUCGCGGAUCUAAGGUUCGUGGAUUCUCUGCCCUCGUUGUUGGAUUGUUGCUUUUGUCGAUUAGUUGGGAUCGGAUUGAAUGUUUCCCUUUGUCUUCUAUGAAUGUUAGUAAUGGGGGUUUGUCGCUGUUACCCGGCGGAAAUUGUGUUAGGAUUUGGCCCAUGUUGCUCCCAUGUCUUUCUGGGUUUCUGGGGUCUUACGAGAGGGUUUCCAUGAAUUGGGUGUCAAUUAGGCAGUUGGGUCGAAAACAGGUUCGACUGAUCUCGCUGUUUUUCACUACCAUUAUUCUUUUCUUCCCGGCAGUCAUUAGCUUUCUCAUGUUGGAAGACCAGGGAAAUGAUGUUUCUAUUGGAAACUAUGGUUGGCCUCUGGCGAAUACUGUAGUCUUUGGUGUUCUUCUGAGUGACAAUUAUGCUGAAGACAAGUAUGCUAAUUCAAUAAAUUUUCGGAAGGAAUUUCUGGUGACAUUUUUUUGUACUAUCGUUCUGGAGCUCUUCUACUUCCCUGAACUGUCGCUUUGGGGUUUAGUGUUCUGUGGUUUCUUGCUCUGGAUUUCUGUUAGGGAAUUGGAUCCUGCUUCUUUAAACUAUCCUGAACUAGGUUCAGAUUCUUCAGAAUCGUUUUCUUCAAUGAUCAUGAAGCCCAUUCGCCACAUAUUAACUGAGAGGAAAUCCCGUAAGAUUGCACUUUUCCUUUUAAUCAACACAGCCUACAUGGUUGUUGAAUUUGUUGCUGGGUUCAUGAGCAACAGCCUUGGAUUGAUAUCUGAUGCCUGCCACAUGUUCUUUGAUUGUGCUGCUCUUGCAAUUGGUUUGUAUGCUUCAUACAUCUCACGGUUGCCUGCAAACAAUCAAUUCAAUUAUGGUCGGGGAAGAUUUGAAGUUCUUUCAGGAUAUGUUAAUGCAGUCUUUCUGGUUCUGGUUGGAGCACUUAUUGUGCUAGAGUCACUUGAGAGGAUUCUAGAUCCUCAGGAGAUUUCAACUAAUAGCCUGUUAACUGUGUCAAUUGGAGGGCUUCUGGUGAAUGUGGUGGGUUUGAUCUUCUUCCAUGAAGAGCAUCAUCAUGCCCAUGGUGGAGGUGGAUCGUGUUCACAUUCACAUUCACACUCACACAGCCAUCAUCACCAUCAUCAUCAUUCACACGACCACGCUGAGCAUGAUCUUAAACUCCAUGGUGAGCAUCACAAUUGUUUGUCAGUCUCCCAUGAGUCACAUGGAAAAUCAUCUGCGUUGGAUGACCUCCAUGGACGCUAUGGCCAUAUUGAAAGCUCAACUGAUCACUCCGGGUCUUCUCACACUCAUGCACACAAUUCAGAUUUUCAUAGUCAUUCAUUGUGUUCGCAUUCACAUUCCCACAACCAUCAGCAACAUGACCACGCUGAGCAUGACCUUAAUCUUCGUGGUGAACAUCACAAGUGCUCAGUCUCUCGUGAGUCGCAUGAAAAAUCAUGUGCAUUGGAUGACCUCCACGAACACCAUGACCAUAUUGGAAGCUCAAAAGGGGGUGAUAAUAUCUGCAGGGAAGGUGGCCAUGAUCAGCAACACCAGAGUCAUCAACAUAAUUGCCAUGACCAUGCUUACAAACAUGACUUCCAUGACCAUCGUCAUGUUGACCAUCUUGCUGGUGCAACCACUCCUAUCACUUCAAGAAGCUUGGAGAAUCAACUACGAGAAGACCAACUGAAUGCAGUCCCACUGUUGCACACAGAUAGUUUCAGUCUUACUGAUCACUCGAGGUCUUCUCACACUCAUGCUCACAAAUCAGAUUUUCAUAGUCAUUCUGCAUCAGGGAAUACUGGGCCUCUAUCAAAGGAAUCAUCCUCUGAAACAAAACUACCUCAGGAACCACAUAUGCACCAUCACCACAUUGACCACAACAUGGAAGGAAUCUUCUUGCAUGUUCUAGCAGACACAAUGGGAAGUGUUGGGGUUGUAAUAUCGACUCUACUAAUCAAGUACAAGGGGUGGCUCAUUGCUGACCCUGCUUGUUCAAUAUUUAUUUCGGUAUUGAUCAUAGCUUCAGUAAUCCCGCUGCUGAGAAAUUCUGCUGAAAUUUUGCUACAAAGAGUCCCAAGAGCACAUGAGCAGGAUCUGAAGGUAGCUCUAGAUGAUGUUAUGAAGAUAAAGGGGGUCUAUGGCAUUCAGAAUCUUCGUGUAUGGAGCUUCACAAACACAGAUGUUGUGGGUACUCUGCACCUUCACGUCACCACAGAAACUGAUAAGGCUUCUACAAAGGCUCAGGUGGCACAUAUAUUUAAUGAUGCUGGAGUCAAGGAUUUAACAAUUCAGGUUGAAUGUGUCAAGGGAAACUAGAGGAAGAACUGUGGACAAAUUGGGACACCCACAUAUAGGUCAUAUGUUUCAUCUAUCAUCCCAAAUAAUGGUUUAAUUUUUGAAGCAACUGGGUGUUUUGAAAAGUUCCCUGAUGCUACCCCUAUGGAAAGAUGUUAUCUUAGUGCAACAGGUUGGAAAAAAAAAACAUGAAAGUUGAGUUUUAUCAAUUACCAAACAUCAGAAGUGGUAUUAUGGAGUUUUAUCAAGUUUUGAGGCUGGUCAUGAAAUCAAGUAACUGGCUCCUUCGAGGACGAUGCCUUUCUUUCGGAUCAGUUGGAGACUAGUAAAGGAGCAUAUAACAGGCACACAUAGUUGUAAAUGUCACUCAUCCUUGUACUUUCAAUAGUUUAACCGGCUUUGGAUGUCAACUUUUUAUUUCACCGAAUAGAAUAACACCUAGAUAUGUACUCGCACAUUUUUGCCAAAUAGUGAAUUGUUGGUUUGCUAGUUGUUCAGACUACAUAAUGUUGCCUUAGGGAAUUAUAAAUUUGGCAUCCCCAUUACUGAAAUUUUCACUUUCUUCUAUAAAAUACACUUGUAUUUUUUGAAGUGUGCUAUAAAAUUUGCAUUGGAUUCUCAA